AUGGAACGUAGUAUUCAGUCUCUAAGAAAACAUAUAACCUACCGUGUUACAAAGAGAUAUGCAAGCAAUGGGCAAUCCGCUUUCAAUCUUAGUGGGAAAGUAAAGGUGGAAAACCCAAUAGUUGAAUUAGAUGGGGAUGAAAUGACUAAAAUUAUAUGGAAAGAUAUCAAAGAAAAAUUGAUAUUACCAUAUUUAGAUCUUAAUAUAAAAUAUUUUGAUUUAUCUAUAGAAAACAGAGAUAAAACAAAUGAUCAAAUAACAUUAGAAGCAGCACAAGAAAUAAAAAAAUAUGGCGUUGGAAUAAAAUGCGCAACUAUAACUCCCGAUGCUGCAAGAGUAAAAGAGUUUAAUUUAAAAGAAAUGUGGAAAAGUCCAAAUGGUACAAUUAGAAAUAUAUUGGAUGGGACUGUAUUUAGAGCCCCUAUAUUAAUUAAAAAUAUUCCUAAACUUAUAUCGAAUUGGAAAAAACCUAUAGUAAUAGGAAGACAUGCAUAUGCCGACCAAUAUAAACAAAAAUCAUUAAAAAUAACAAAAAGUGGGAAAUUCGAAAUCGUUUUUACCCCUGAUGAUAAUUCACCAGUUGUUAGAGAGACAAUAUUUGAUUUUAAAUCUCCAGGUGUAUGCUUAGGUAUGUAUAAUACUGAAGAAUCCAUUAAAAAUUUUGCAUUAUCAUGUUUUCAAUAUGCAUUAGAUUUAAAAAUGCCUGUAUAUUUUAGUACCAAAUCAACUAUACUUAAGAUAUAUGACGGACUAUUUAAAGAUAUAUUUCAAGAUAUUUAUGAACAAAAAUUUAAAAAAAUUUUUGAACAAAAUAAUUUAUGGUAUGAACACAAAUUAAUUGAUGACAUGGUUGCCCAAGUAUUAAAAUCUGAAGGAGGAUUUGUUUGGGCCUGUAAAAAUUAUGAUGGUGAUAUACAAUCAGAUGCCGUUGCACAAGGAUAUGGAAGUCUAGGUUUAAUGAGUUCUAUAUUAAUGUGCCCCGAUGGAGUUACUUGCAUAUCUGAAGCUGCACAUGGGACUGUAACUAAGCAUUAUAGAGCCUAUCAAAGAGGAGAAAAAACCUCAACGAAUCCUAUUGCGUCUAUUUUUGCAUGGACUAGAGGCUUACAACAUAGAGCAAAAUUAGACCAAAAUAAAAAUUUACAACAAUUUUGUUAUGCUCUUGAAAAAGCAUGUAUAGAAACCGUGGAAAAUGGACUUAUGCCUAAAGAUCUAGCUAUUUGUAUUAAAGGUAUUAAAAAUGUUACUGAAAAAGAUUAUCUAUUUACUGAAGAUUUUAUAGAUGCCAUAAACGAAAAUCUUAAAUUGAAACUUUUGAUCAAUCAACAAAAAAACGAUGUUCAUGCAACUGACACCAAAUUACACAACGAAAAUUGGGUCAAUUAUGCUCCACAAGAACAUUCUACAUAA